AUGGUUCUUUCUUUUGUUUCUCGUUUGAUAGCUGCUACCAUGGCUGUUUUUCAAAUUGAAGAGCAAGUGUCUUUGAAACUUCUGGUAAACACAGAAACCAACAAAGUUUUAUUUGCUGAAGCCGGCAAAGAUUUUGUGGACAUUCUAUGUAGCUUCUUAACCUUACCAUUAGGUACCAUUGCAAGACUUGUUCAGAAAGAUUCAAAUAUGGGACCGGUUACAAUUGGUUGUCUCAACUCUCUCUAUCAAAGUGUCGAAAAUAUUGGAUUGUUGCCGAUUAAUAACUCAUCCGAAGAUUAUUGCAGCACUCUCAAAAUUAAUAUUGAUGAUACUGUCCCUACAAUUUACUUCAGGUGUUCGAAAGAUCAUGGUCAUCAUUGCCCUUAUUUGAGCAUAGGUACAAAAUAUAUUUAUGGUAGGUGUGGUAAUCGCUUGAACCGUUCAGUUUCCCUAGCACAGCUGUGCAAUGGAUUUGUUAAAGGUGCUACGACUUUUGUCAUUACUGAUGAUCUAUUUGUCUCGCCACACUCCAUCAAUCACACGUUAUUGGAUCUGAUCAAGAAUUUGGGAAUGAAAAACACAAGUUCAGUAAAAGAAAUGACUGUCAAUGUCACUAAGGAAAAGGUAUUGGAUCUGCUUAAGUGUUCCUUGCUUUCCAAGACACCUCUAACCGAUUUGUUUUUGGGAAAGAAACCAUCUAUUGAGCGAUUAAUGAUGCAAUCAAUAAUUUCCUCUUGUGAUGUUGAAAACAUAUUUUGUAGUGAUGUUCAAAUCACCAUCAAGUUGGUCGUAAGAAAAUCGGAUGACAAUAUAUUGUAUGCCCUAGGGGGGAAUGAUUUUGCAAACUUAAUUAUAAAUUUUCUAACCUUUCCACUUGGUGGAGUUUUAGGUAGGUUACAAGGGAAUAAUUCUUUAGGUAGUAUUAAUGGAUUGCACAAGAGCUUAACUACUUUAAAUGAAGACAAGUAUUUUACUUCCAAAGAAGCAAAGAACAGGCUUCUUGAACUACGUCUUUUGCAAUAUUAUUGUCAUCAUCAGUGUGAUCCUUCUGAUGACAGAAUUAUUCAUGUUCAACUUUACAAAAGUGAUGAAGAUUGGAGUGGUGGGGUAACUUUUUCAAAAAUGGAACUAGUUACAGAUGAAGAUUAUGUCAAAAGAUCACAAAUGUAUUUGGUUACGGAUGAUCUGGUCAUAGAACCUUGGUUGUCUCCAAUUUCAUCUUUAUAUUUGCAUAACCGUUUCAAAACUCCUCUUGAUGAUUUGGAGGAAAAAGUUGUCACUAUUGGCACCGAAGAGAGUUACAGCAUAUUGAAGGCAGCUUUAAGCUCAACAUCUGCUCUAACGAAUGGUCUCCGUCACUUGCUAACCUAA